UCUUUUCCGCCAAAAUGGUGGCGCGAAUUUGACACUGAAAAGUUCUUUAUGAUAAUUUCCCCAGGAAAACAGUUCCCAGAUUCUGAACAAAAACCACACAAGCUACGUCUUUCUUGGCUGCGAAAAUUAUCUGAGCAUGUGGUCAGGUAUUCUCACGAGGGACUCAUGUUUAUUAUUUACAUUUCCAAUACUCGCCUUUGCAUUCUCUGUUUGGUUACUGAGAAAGUUUGGGGGAAAUGGAAGCUGGAAAUGGACAUGGGUAAAUUUUAAAUGAUUUUACAUUUUCGAUUUCUCUUCCAAAAUCCUCUAAGCAACCAAAUGGGUUGCGAUUUCUCUUCUUCUUUUCGAGGAAACCCUAACUUUCGUCCAUUACGAAUUUCCGAUCUUUUGUAUUUCGUAUUUGAUGGGUUAAGUUAUACAUGAGCAGUAUGUAUGUGUUUUUCUCUAACGGAAUUGUAUCUUGUUGUGGUUUUCCACUUUUCCUUGCUGUGAUCGACUGAUAAUUUGUUUCCUUUCUUAUUUUUUGGGUUUAUUUCAACCUCAAAGUACAGUGGAGUUACUGGAAUUUACCCUGCUUUGAGUGAAUGUUAUUUCUUGAAUACUUAUCUGCCCAGAAUUUGACAUUUAUUAAGCACUCACUGGUUGCUAGUAAUCUCAAGCACGUUUUGUGGAAUGUGACUGUGAAUGAGUUCAAUGGAUUUGUCUUACCUGGAAGUUCAGACAGUAAAUCAGUAGUUAUCAUGACUGACAUUUCGUCUCUUGAUUCAAGCCUUCCAUGGCAUUGGAUCAUUGAAUAUCUGUCCAGCUUCAAGCAAGUUGAUACUUCUGUUUUGCAUGAUUUAAUUGAAAGGUCUCCAGACUUACCAGAUGAUCUAGUGAAACAUGCUAAGGAAAGGUUUGCUUUGAGACGUUUGGAGGAGUUAUUUCAUCCUCUUGAUAGAUUCAAUUGUGAUGUUAUUCCUGAUUCAAGAAUUAGCUUUGAUCUUUCAAAAAGCUGUGAAGAUGUACUUAAAUGCAUACUUCUGGAGUCAUGUAAGUCAUCAGCAUCUUUGGAAAAUACAAGACCAGAGCUGUUAAGAUGGAAUAUUUAUCCAUUUAUCAUGCAUAAAAGAGCUACCAUGCCUAAAUGUGCAUUGGAAGAGCUUAAAGACACAAUUCUUAACAGAAGUGGCCCUGAAGCUGCUGUUUUGAAGGAAAUUAGUGGGUUGGUGCAUGAUAUUAAUAACCAACCUCAUGGAGUUACUGUUCACAACGACCAUCCUGAUGCAUUUGCAGCAAGGUGUGGGCUUCGUGGGAGGAGCAGUAAUGUCGAAGCAGUGCCAGAAAAAAGUAACAUGGUUCCUCCUGUCCUCAGAGAAGGUAGCAGAAAGUCACAACAUGAUUUGUCCAAGAGAAAUUUAUUACCGUCCAAAAGGUGCAGUAGCAGUUUGGCUACUGAAAAUUUGGAGGGACUACACAUCUAUAACAAAGAUGGUUUGCUUGGUGCUGGUAAUCUUCCCUUCAAUGCAAAGAAGUUAAAUCAGAGUAUACUACUGGCUAAUCGUCAAAGAUUGUUGAAAGAUGCCAAUGACAUGGUUGGUCAGAGUUCAUCAAAGAUUGUCUCUGCGAAUGGAAUGCAGCAGAAUACUAAUCCUUCUGUAGCCAAAGCUGAUACAUUUCGACAGGAAAGAGGAUGACCCUUUUUUUGUUAGAAUAAAGGAGAACGGACAUUUUGAAGGAGAGAGAACAACAUGUUCUUGGCAAGGAGGUAUUGGCUGAUUUAUUCUUAUUAGAUGACAACAGCCAACACAUGUACAGUGGUCUUUUGAAUUUUGAGGUUGAAUGAGAAUCUUGUAACAAACUACUCAAGAUUCAGGAAGCGGGAAAUGCUGAAGUAAAUUGGCCAUCAUAUGAAUGACUUUUUUUUAGAUUAUUAAUAUUCUUAUUUGAGCAAAACAGUUUACUAGUCUGGCCAAACACGAAAAUCAAUCUAUUUAUUUAUU